AAAAAAAAAAAAAAAAAAAAAAAAAAAAAAAAAAAAAAGGAAAAGAAGCUCUGCCUCACACACUCCAGAGACAACCACGCAAUUCUUCGAACAGCGGCUGGUUUCUACCCGGAGCUAUUCCAUUUCCCGUUCCAGCUCUGCAAUGGCCGCUGUUCGAAAUGUGUUCCUCUUCCUCACCAUCUUCCUCGUCGGCGGUCCACCUCUUUCCUGUUCCCUCUCCGAUAACGAGGCCCUCCUGAAGCUCAGGCAAUCCUUCACCCAUGCCGAAUCCCUUAAUUCCUGGGACCCGGACUCCCAACCCUGCGCCGCUCGAUGGACUGGCAUCAUCUGCCACAGAGGCGUCAUCACCGGUCUCCAUCUCACCGGCCUCCGACUCUCCGGCCAGAUCGACAUCGAAGCUCUCCUCCAGCUUCGCAGCCUUCGAACCGUCAGCCUCGUCAACAACAGCUUCGCCGGGCCGAUUCCCGAGUUCAACAAAAUCGGCGUUCUCAAAUCCCUCCUUCUCACAGGGAAUGAUUUCUCCGGGGCUAUUCCUACCGAUUUCUUCGCAUCCCUCGCCUCUCUCAAGAAGGUUUGGCUCUCUUCCAACAAUUUCUCCGGCGACAUUCCGCACUCUCUGGCGAAACUCUCGUAUCUAAUCGAACUCCAUCUCGAAAACAACCAAUUCUCCGGCCAAAUCCCUCACCUACACCAGGCCGCCUUAACCUCUCUAGAUCUCUCCAAUAACAAGCUGGAGGGAGAAAUUCCAGAGAAUCUAGCGAAGUUCGACGCGAACGCAUUUGCCGGAAACGAAGGUCUGUGUGGGAAGCCGCUCCCGAAAUCAUGCGACGGCAAUAACGCGCAGAUUUCGGAGGAAAACGCGUCUUCUCCGGGGGAAUCACAAGGCAGCGUCUCGAAAUUAGUAGUGGCGUCGUUGAUAGCGGUGGCUGUAUUUCUGGUGGUGGUUAUGUUUCUGAGCGCGUCGAAGCGGAGAGAGGAGAAGUUCAGCAAGCUAGGGCGGGAGCAGAUGAAUGAGAUGGUGGAGGUGCACGUGCCGAGUUCCGGGCAUAGGGAGCAGCUGAGUAGAAAAGGUGGGGAUUCCAGGAGAGGGUCGCAACAGGGGAAGGGAGGGAUGAGUGAUCUUGUGGUAGUGAAUGAAGAAAAGGGUACGUUUGGGAUGGCGGAUUUGAUGAAGGCGGCGGCGGAGGUGCUGGGGAAUGGUGGGUUGGGGUCGGCUUACAAGGCCGUCAUGGCAAAUGGGCUGUCGGUGGUGGUGAAAAGAAUCAGAGAAAUGAACAAAUUAGGGAAGGAUGGGUUCGAUGCAGAGAUGAGGCGCAUGGGACGGCUGCAGCAUCACAAUAUUCUCACGCCUUUGGCGUACCAUUACAGGCGGGAGGAGAAGCUGCUGGUGUCCGAGUACAUUCCUAAAGGCAGCCUCUUGUAUGUGUUGCAUGGGGACCGUGGAGCCUGCCAUGCGGAGCUUAACUGGGGCACCCGGUUAAAGAUCGUGAAGGGGAUCGCCAGAGGCCUAGGGUUUCUCCAUUCCGAGUUCGCGACCUACGAUCUGCCGCAUGGGAAUCUGAAAUCAAGCAACAUUCUUCUAAGCGACACCUACGAGCCACUUCUCAGCGACUACGCGUUUCAUCCGCUAAUCAAUCCAAACAACGCGACGGAGGCAAUGUUUGCGUACAAAUCCCCGGAGUACGCGCAUCGGCAGGAAGUUUCUCCAAAAUCUGAUGUUUAUUGCCUUGGAAUUAUCAUUCUAGAAAUUCUGACCGGCAAAUUUCCUUCUCAAUAUCUUAGCAAUGGCAAGGGAGGGACCGAUGUGGUGCAGUGGGUCUCCUCCGCAGUAGCCGAGAAGAGGGAGGCGGAACUCAUAGACCCUGAGAUAGCAAACGACGCGAAUGCAGUGAGUCGGAUGGUCGAGCUCCUUAGAAUCGGCGCCGAUUGCACCCAAUCCAAUCCUCAGCAACGGCCAGAAAUGAAGGAAGCCAUUAGGAGAAUAGANGAAAUAUGAGGAAUCAUAAAUUUGUUUUUGGAAACUAAGAAAAGGGCAUAUUGAGGGGGGGGAGGGGGGAGGGGGGAUGUGGGGAAGAACACAAAAAACUAAUGUGGUAGAUGGAUAGUUCGAUUGGAAAGUUAAUUAAAAAGUAGGGAAGCUGCUUCGGAGGAAGAGGGUAGGAGGAGAGGUUUGUGAGUAUCUGAAUCCCCUGCCCGCCGCCGCAGUGCACCAUCGGGUCGGAUCCGCCCGAGACCGCACUGCAUGGCUCCGCCUCUUACUGUGUAACAUCAUUGUUUGUUUUUAUGUAUAAUAUCUGGGAUCAGUUCACCUCUGUAUUUUUUUUCCGUGUAAAUGAAUUUACAACACUGAGGGGUGGGAUUUUUUAAUUAGUUUUUUUUCUUUAUUUAUUUAUUUGUUUGUUUGUUUCUUCAACCUUAAUAGAA